AUGUUCGACGACUUGCGACCACGCCCUGGCCCGCCGCCGCGCCUGAUCGAGGGUCCAUCAGCGUCAUCGGGCCAGCGCUCGCUAUACCAGCAACAAGUCCUUGAUGAAGACGAGUAUACCGAGACGCUUUCGCGCAUUAUCGGCCGUGAUUUCUUCCCCGACCUGCCCCAUCUGCGGGCAACGAACGCCUAUCUCUCCUCCCUGGCUCGCAACGACGCCGAGGGUCUCUCCUCUUCCAUUCGGCAGUUGGCCCGGAUAGCGCAGGACAAAGACGAGGGUCGGUCUAGUUGGGCUUCAGACCACGAACGCAAGGAGCGGGAGAAGGAGCGUGCCCAGGAAGAGCUCAGGCAGCAAUUUGACUCGACGCCGCGCAUCAACCUCGGCCAGAGGGGAUGGGACACGCCAUUAGACCGAGGCUCCACGCGGCGACGAGCACGCUCCGUUUCCCCCGAAGCUGGACCCAGUCGGCCACCAAAGGCCAGGAAGCAAGUCCGAGACGAUCUGAGCCUGGACGCCUUUCAGCGGAAUUAUACCUCCGAGGACAAUGCCGCCUUCUCGUCUAUCCUGGACAGCGAGAACCAGGAUCGGAAGCGGCGUAAUCAGCUCGUGUGGGACUUUGAGCGCGUGCAGGAGGACAGAAGGAUUGAGGGAGAAGUGAAGCGAAAGGCGAUUCUGGACGCGGCACAGAGCGGCUGGGUCGUCGACGGUAACGGGCGGAGAAUGAUCGGAGGACUCGCGCAGGGAGGACGCGAACGUGCCGACGGAGAAGGAGGAGCGUGGGAGGAGCGCAAAUUACUCACCGCACCGACGGAGGAUAGUGAGGCAGGAGAAGGGAAAGGUGAGCGGGGAGCGUUGGUCAAGCGGAUCGAGGCCGGCGCGCUCGUCAAAUCCACGCAGCCAACUCUGAACGAGAAGAUUCUCCCCGACUCCCAUCCCCUGUCACGAGCGCUGGAGAUGGCCGGUCUGCCACCGACCGCAAUCACGGACAAAGACGGUGCCAUCGUGCCCCACCGCGACUUAGCCUCCGGCUCAGGUGAUGGACGCGGCCGCGGGCAAUCUGACCGCCGCGCCCUCUCUGACGCCGAGAAGGCCGCCCUGUCCUCCGAAGCGAGGGAGGGCGGCAACGUCCAGCAAUGGCCGUACAAGGCGAUGAACGGGCUCAUGUUCCCCCCCGACAGCUACAAAGCCCCGUACCCCCCGCCACCGUCCAAGCCCUCCUCUGCUCCGUGCGCGAGAAAGGCGCCCGCGCCAAGCGUGUCGUACAGGAACACGCGCAUCAACGACGAAGAAGACGACACGGGCAAGGCGCCGAGUACGUCGUACGCUUCCACCUGGGUCGAUAGGGCGGUGAAGGGCAAAUCCUUUGCGCGGCGCGGCUCCACCUCUGCCUCUGUUACGGACUCUGGCACGGAUGCCGGGUUCGAUGACGAGGAAGACGAGACUGGAAAGGAGUACGACCUCGUGGACGAACCCGACCUCGAACCAGAGGACAUGCCGCUGAUGACGUACGGCUCCCUCCUGGCCACACCUAAGCGCGUCUCCGCCGAUGACACCGAGAACGACUCGUUUGACGGGCCCAGUUUCCGCUUCCCCGAGGAGAAGAAGCGGGACGAGCUCGGCCGAAAAUUGGGCAACAAGGCUUCUAAAUCCAUCUCGGACCGCGCGAGGAUGUACGCUCCCUCGCCGUCUACGCCGAGGACGCCCUCGGCCUUGAAGGCGGCUGCGAGUCGGACGACGAGGCCGAGCAGCGGCAGUAGAGGGAGCAUGGGCCCGCCCAGCCAGCGAGGGAACCUCACGCCGGCGGCUCAAAGUCUCUUGCAGAGGACGACGGGGCGCACGCCCAUGCGAUUCGGCAAGAGCGACGGAGGAGGGGGGAUCUUCAAGUCCAAAGUCGGCGGGAUGGGGUGGUCGCCGUCUCCGAGACGUUAG